AUGGAUGAGCAUUCAUCAUCUACAUGUGACCAUGAUCACCAAGAUUAUGCACAUGCACCACCAUCCGUGAUGAAGAUCUUCGGAUUCUCGCUGCGAAAUGACCAAAAUGCCCCCGCCCAUCAGCCGCCGCCGCUAGACCUAGAGAGCAAGAGGUUUGAGUGCCAGCAUUGCCACAGGAAAUUUGCCAACUCACAGGCAUUGGGUGGCCACCAGAAUGCGCACAAGAAGGAGAGGCAACGGGCGAAGAGGGCCCACUUCUUCGCGGACCACCGGCGCAUGGGGGCAGCCGCAGUGCACCUGAUCGGGCCCCACGGAGCCCGGUCUGGCGGCGGGGGUGGGCGGCUACUGCUCCCAUCACAUGAUGGGCAUCAGCCGCCGAUUGUACCUCGCGUUUUGUCAGGGGUACCCCUGAGGUACCAUGGUGGUGUCCACGUGGCCCAACCGCAUCAGACUGGAUAUGCCAGCAGGGGUGAGGUGGGGCAACAAAGACAUGGGCUGAUGACAGAUGGCAGCGAGGGAUUGGAUGUUGAUCUACAUCUGUGA